GUCGUGACCACAACAACAGCACGCAACAGCAUGGUCGUGGGCGCGAUAAGUCAACCGAACCAUCAUGUCGUCCUCGAGCGCCUCCGAGCCAUCCCCCUCUGGUAGGCCUGAACGAAUUGACCCCGUCCUGCGCAACGCACUCCGCUACACGAUAAGCCCACGAGAGUACAAGCUCCUCCAUCAGUACCUCCUUUCCCGCGCUCCUGCUGUGCGCAAGCGCACACUGGCGCCUCGACGAUACGAUGCGAUUGCGAAAGGAUCGGAUGACUACAAUGCCGCUGCCAUCCGCGAUUCGUUGCGGCUGGCCGUCUUGACCUUCUCUGGGCUCAAGGCAUGGGACUUAGUCGCUGAAAAGCUGCUGGCCCGAGGAACUACUAAAAGGCCUCAGCACCGACUCCCCGUUUGGAAGUCCCCCAACGUCCGCUUGACGUGUUCUCUGUCCUUCAUCCUCCUCUUCCACCGACUCCUGCGCCGCUUCUUCACCCGCCUUCGCGAGAGCCUCCUUACCCCGGAUGCAAAGCCCUUCCGACGGCGGAAUCCCCGCAUAUCGCGGUCGUUGACCUCAAGGCUUGCUCCCGCGAUCGGGUCAAGCAUCGCAGGCUUCCUGCUGGCGGUAUGCCCUGGCGAUCAGCUGCGCAUCACCAUCGCGAUAUACGUCUUCACGAGGGCAUUGGAGUUUUGCUACAACUAUCUUGAAGAACAAGGGUAUUUCCGCAAUAGGCCGUCUUGGUUCGGAUCGUGGAUGCUGAUGCCCGUGGCCUGCGGACAGCUUCUCCAUGCGUUUGUGUUCGAUCGCGAUUGCUUCCCAGCCGCCUACGGCAACUUCAUCCUGGAUAAUUCGCCAGAGUAUAUUCAGAAGCGACCCGUCAAUUAUCCCGGACGCCUGCCAUGGCCGGGUACUUUCGACAUUGUGGACAGCCUUGCACAGAUCUCCAAGUCGCGCUGGCCGCCAUUCACGUCUCCCAUACUCUUUCCUGCAUCCGAAACGCUUCCAAGGACGCUCACUAAGAUUUCGCCAAUUACCUCGCCCGCGCAUCCAGCGAUCAAGAAUCUGUCUUGCGCAUUGCUCCACCCCAACGACCCCUCUUGUAUGCGGACAUAUGUAUCGUACUGGAUCCAGGCUUUUCCGAAGGUCGCCCGCUUCUUCGCCAUAAUCUUGACAGCACUCAGCAUCACGCGUUACAGAGCCUUCAUUGACUCUCCAGUGGCCGCGCUUAACAAGCUAGCGAAGAGCAUCCUCCGCAUGUCCAUCUUCAUCUCAGGCGCCAUUGGAACAAGCUGGGGAUCCAUCUGCCUCUUCCAACAUAUCUUCCCCCGAAACUUUCUUCCAACCCAGCGAUGGUUUCUUGGAGGCUUCUUGGGCGGCAUGUGGGCCUUUCUCGAGCGCAAGCAUGGGCGCGGAAACUUCUUGUACUCCGCGCGGAUGUCGAUCGAUUCCCUGUGGAAGGUCGGCGUUAAGCGCGGCUGGUGGCGAGGCAUCAAGAACGGAGAUGUACUUCUCUUCGUCCUGAGCCUGGCUACAGUAAACGCCCUCUAUGAAAUGUCUCCGCGGUCCAUCAACAGUGGUGUUGCGAGGAAGGGCCUGGGGGUUUUAAGAGGCGAAGGAUGGGUUGACAGAGCGGCUUUGCCACGGGAAGAAAAGGGAAAGGCGUCCGAUGACAAUGAAUAGGCCUAACAAGACCACCUAUUAUGAGCGUACGAAUGAGUGUAUAAUGUUGUUUAACGACCGAACAUGUCUAAUGAGGAGGAUUGUUACUUUAGUAAUCGAUUGCC